CUAUGCCGUUCCUGGGGAGCUUCCUCUCCGAGGAGCAGUUCCAGUGUUCCAUAUGCCUGGAAAUCUUCGACAACCCAGUCUCCACGCCGUGUGGCCACAGCUUCUGCACGGCCUGCAUCGGGCACUACUGGCAGGGCUCAAAGCUAUGCCAAUGCCCGCUCUGCAAGGAGAGUUUCAAGAAGAGGCCCGAGCUCCACAUCAACCGCACCCUCCGUGAGAUCACGGAACAGUUUAAGCAGAUGAAGUGCGAGGCUGGAGCGUGUGGAGGGUCGGGCUGGCUGGGGAGCAGCUUGGAAGAAAGGCCCCUAAAACAAGGAGGCCUGCUUGGGGAUCUCUUCCUCGAAAUGAAGUGCCAGGUUGCCAAGAUCUCCUCUGAUUACAAUGUGCAGAAUGGCAAUCAGUCACCCAAUCUUAGAGGAAAAGUGCCGAAAGGAUGUGAUUCUGAUAGUGGCCAGUCACAAGAGGUCACGAGGAGACUGUCCCUAAGGAGGUACACUCUGAGUGGGGCAGCAGAUGCAAGGAAGGUGCCUCGGUGUCCCAAACACCGUCACAAACUGGAACUUUUCUGCAAAUCUGAUGGAGAGUGUAUCUGCUCUGAGUGCAGUGACACAGAUCACCAAUCACAUAAGAUCAUCUCUGUGGAAAAGGAGUGGCUGAUCAGCAAAACUGAGAUUGGUAUGACAGAAACAAAGAUGCAGGAGAUGAUUGGACAGAGGCUGAGGAAGAUAGAGGAGAUCAAAAUAUUACUGGCAGAAAUCAAAAUGGCCGCUGAGAAAGAGAUGCAGGGUGGUAUGCGCAUAUUCGGGUUGCUGCUGAGCUCUGUCGAGCGCAGCCAGGCCGAACUGCUGGAGGUGAUCGAGAUGAGUCGACGCUCAGCCGAGCACCAGGCCGAGGUCAUGAUCCGGGAGUUGGAUCUGGAGCUCACUGAGCUGAGGAAAAGAAGUGCCAUGCUGGGUAAACUGGCCCAGACAGAUGACUGCAUCAGUGGACUGAGGAGCUACUGCAAUCUCAACACGCCUGUACCAGUCAAAGACUGGGCUGGAGUGUCAGUGCACUGUGACCUUGGCAAAACAAAAGCAAUCUAUAACUCAGUCUCUCAAUUGCUGCAACACUUCCGAGAGGAGCUUCAGAAAUUACCUGAAAUCUAUCUACCAGCAUUAAUUGAUCAGUCACCAUUAAAACAACAGCCAAAGGUGAAGAGAAUACAGGAGUAUGCAGUGGACGUGAAACUCAACCCAGACACUGCUCAUCCUCGUCUCAUAUUGUCAGAGGACAGAAAGAAGGUGAGGUGCAGUAACAAGCACCAACUCGUUCCUAGCAACCCCGAGCGCUUCGACCGCGUGGUGUGUGUGCUAGGUCAAGAGGGCUUUACCGGUGGGCAACACUAUUGGGAAGUGGAGGUGGGUGGCAAGACUGACUGGGACCUAGGCGUGGCCAGCCACUCUAUAAACAGGAAGGGCAAGUUAGCUGUCAGCCCCAGCAAUGGAUACUGGUUCCUCAGCCUACGAGAGAAGAGUAACUAUGCCUUCAGAACGGAGCCUUCCACCACCCUUCUCCUAAGCCUGAAACCUCAAAAGAUUGGAGUAUUUGUGGACUAUGAAAAAGGCCAGGUUUCUUUCUACAAUGUGGAAGCUAAAAUGCACAUUUACACAUUCUCAGACACUUUCACAGAGACCAUCUACCCAUUCUUCAGCCCCUGUACAAACAAGUCAGGCAAGAAUGAUGUCCCACUAACCAUUACACCUGUUUUGCCCCCUGAUUGAAAGAUAUGAUAUGACAGUUGGGAGUGUUUAUAUCAUCAGUAACUGGAUCUAUUAAUUUGUCAUAGGCCUAAUUUCUAUAUGGCUUAUAUAACCACUUCUGAGUUCUCUCUUUAUUAUAGAAUAUGAAAACAACAUUUGCAUUUUGUUUGUUUGGUUGAUUUUUGUUUAACAGAGCUGGAAUAUAAAAACUAUAAGAAACCCACCAGGAUAACAUCAUUACUAUUAUCUUCAUGUAUAUAGCCCACUAUUUUAUCUAAAGUGGCUUGUAAAUAAAAGUCCCUGAUUUCCCA